AAGCGGUCAAAGGGAGCAGAGGAGCUUCAACAAGUGUACUGGACUCUCUCUGGUUAUCUGCAGCAGGCAACGGUACAGAGCUAUACCCAGCCCCACUUUCAGUGUCGUCCUGCUUUCAGACUGCACUUAAUAUCUACUCAGACAUGUCUCUCUCCAGCACUCAACCACCAGUCACAAUGCUCUUCUGGAUUGCUCAUGCUUGCUGUAAAUAAUAAUAUGUACUGUUUCUCCGAACGUCAACGUUAAAAUGAUCAAGUUAAAUAUCAGGUCAGCUAAGUCCGAAUUCUACAUUUGACCUAAUGGAUUACUGAGAUGAAGAGUCACUUUGGGAAUGCUCCUCGUGCGUCACAUGGAUUAAUAAUGACCAUCCUUGAACUCUAGCGUGGCGGAAACCAUGAGUUUCCCUGUGGGCAGUUCUGCAUCCAGGAAGCAUUUCUUCCUCUCUGUGUAUUCCCUUGUGCUGAGAUUGCAUUUCACAGUGCUUUUUUUGUGCGCCAUGGCAUCCGCAUGCCCCAAGAGUUGCUUGUGCACAGAUAGAAAUGGCCUGGUGGUGGUGCAGUGUUCUUCACGCAACCUUGAGACCAUCCCAUCCGAUCUACCGCAGGACACCGUCGCUCUGCUGCUCUCCUCCAAUCACAUCACAAAGAUCCCUGGCCAGGCGUUUAAACACCUCCCUCGCCUACAGGAGCUCGAUUUGUCACGCAAUGCCAUUGACAGUGUGGAUGGUAACGCUUUUCAGGGCAUCUUGGACACCCUGCGAAUGCUUAACCUGUCCCACAAUCGCCUGCGUGGAGUACCCAAGGAGGCGUUUGCACGGCUCCAUGCUAAGAUCGGUCUGGCCAACAACCCAUGGCACUGUGAAUGCACAUUACAGGAGGUGCUGCGUGAACUAGAACUCGACCCUGAAACUGUCAGUGAGGUGAGCUGCCAUACAGCUGUGCAGGAUGAGUAUGCAGGCAAGCCUGUCAUUCAGGUCCUGGACUCGGGCAUCAAUUUCUGCAACUUUCAUCAUAAGACAACGGAUGUGGCCAUGUUUGUCACCAUGUUUGGCUGGUUCACCAUGGUGAUCGCUUACGUCAUAUACUAUGUGCGGCACAACCAAGAGGAUGCCCGCAGGCACUUGGAGUAUCUCAAGUCUCUGCCAAGUAGUUCCCAAAUUAGCAAAGACUUGGACACAAUCAGUACUGUUCUGUAGUGUCUACGUCGAAGCCUUGGGUUAGGAUUGUAUUUAACUAACCAAUGGGGCACAGCCAUGAUGGCACAGCAGCAAGCCUUAAAGCUCACCAUGAGCACUCCACAAACAAAUUCACAAUGCAGUUUUCUUUGUUCAUUUCUGAAUAUGUAAAUCUUACAGCUCAAACUGUUUGACUUUCAAUAGGCAUAUGAUCAAUUUAGCAUUAAUUACAUUUUUAAGAUUGUGGUUAAAUAUUGGUUUGCAAUGACUAGUGCUGUGUUCCUACCCAGUAUUUCUGCAUGAAUGAUAUUAUGAAUUUCUUGGAAUUUUACAUAUGCUUUCUGUCAUAUCAGUAGGUUCUUUUGUGGCUCUUACAGAAAAGCUCUGCAGAGCUAAAUCCUCCCUCCCUCUGUUUCCUAGCAGGACCAUAAUUUCUCUCAUUAUGUCAGUUCAUUUGUCCAUUUAUGUGCUAAUGUUAAUAUAGAGAAAGUAGGGCAGGAGCAAAGAUUGGCAGGCCUUAUUUCCAUUAUAUUUAUUAUAUAGUGCAGCAUAGAAAACUCAGGAAAAGCAACUGAAUAUAGGGACUAACAUCACUGCCAAAUACUGUUCAUUAAAGCUUUCCUAUGUAACUGGUCAAUCAAAGCUCAUCCAUUAGGGGCAGGUGAACAGAGCCCUACCACAUAUAUCUGCUGUUCAGAAAACAUCAAUCUUCAUAAAGUGCUUUUUCACUACUUUAUACAUUUUUUAAUUUUAUUUAAAUAAUAACAACAACCAUUUGUGAAUAAUGAUAAAAAAGGAAGAUAUGUGCCAAGAUUCCAUUGAUAGGCUUGCAUUUUUUUAAUAGAUUUUGUGCAACCAUGAAGUAACAAUGCACCGACUGGUCAAAAACACGAACAGCAACAAUUACUAAUAGAGAGGCACUGGGGUAAGAAUCAUGCAGUCCUAUUCUUGGAGGAAAAGCAGCAGACAAAACAGUAAAUUCAAUUCUGGGUUUUUUUUUGUAUAGUGUCCUUUUAUCAAUGGACAUCAGCUUUGCUGAAAUAUAUAAAUUCAGGAUAUAAAUUAUAUAUUCAUCCCUAAUGAGCAAGCCAGAGGUGAUAACAGGAAGAAACCUUAAGAAGAACCAGACUCAAAAGGGUUCCAUCCUCACACCGGAUAGUGUUGUUAUAAAUAUUUUCCUUCUAUAGCUGUGUACUAUAUGGUCAAAAAGUGCAACUGUGCAACCAGGAGAUUCAGUCUAGUUUGAACAUGAAGUCUGUGUGGUUGAAGUUAUGAAUUGUUCACUGAUGGAGACUUGAGUGCAAAACUGUUUGUGGCGAUUGCAGUCCUAAAUCCAUCUUUAUGGUUUCUAAGUGGCACUAUCCACAGCAGUCUCAUAUAUCUCCAGGCUGUCCAUGCGGGGCCAUUCUCAGCAGCAGAGAGUGUCCUCCAAGUGCAACAAGAAGUAGGUCAUCAGGAUGAAUCAGGCAGGUCUAGGGAGAAGAAGUGGUCAGGAACACUCGUAUCUCAGGACAUUUGAUGACAGGGCUGCCAGGAUCUUUUAUUUUUUCUUUUUCUUUUUUUUUUUAUGUAGACAGGGUGUACAUAUUAUAUACAUAGCACACAUGCAAAGAUUGGGAAAAGUGUCCACUGAAUGGUCUUCUUUUCCAAUUCCCACAUUAUUUUUUUGUGCUAGUUUCGGGUCUUUUGUGUGGCUUUUAAGCUGCAGUGUUGGGUUAAUUAUUUUAGCCAUUGUGUAUGUGAGAGAGCAAACCCAGUUGAACAAUGGUAUGUCUAAAACUGCUCAAAACAGGCUGCAAGACUGUACACUGGAUGACUUUGUUCUCGAUGGUCAGUUAUAGGGUUAUUCUUAAAAUUCACAAAUUUUAGCACAAAUCAACUAUGUUAGACUCAAAUGAAAUUAAGUCAAAGCUAAGUCAUUAUUAAUUAUUAUUAUGUCCUACCUAACAAAAUCUGCGGCUCAACAGCUGCUUCUGUAUUUUAUUAAAUUAUUAUUUUAUUUUUUUUUGGCAAAGAUGUAACUGCCGAAGUGCCUAUGUGGUACCACAAAACCUAAACACUGUGCUCUUGUUGGGUUAUUCAGUCCUUCAUGGUCCCUCUGCUGUUGACAAGACCUUUAAUACUUAAUGUAGUUUAUGUCAUAGCCAUAUAGGAUGUGUUUAAUGAGACAUAGAUGUGCUGUCACAUUGUUGCAGUGCUUGUAAGACGUAUAUGUUAUUUAACCAUAAAGGGCUCCUUUAGUAAUGUGUUUCUUCAGUGAAUGUACAUGUAUUUGUUUGUUCUUCACAGUGGCUGACAAGAUUUGUUAAUAAUUAUGUCCAACACACAAUAACCUUUGGAUGUCUAGCCCAUUAUACACACCAGACCCUUAGAGCUCUCUGACACACUAACAGCUCUAUCUCUGUCAGUUAAUCUAUGAAUCCAUUAUAUUCAGACAGUUUUAUGGGUUAAUAAAUUACUUUUGACACUUUGUAAUGGGAAGGAAUAAAUAUCAGUUUUAUCUGAUAUCUGGUAGCACAAAAAUGUUGCUUGUUCCAGUCAUACACAGAAAAUACCACCAACUGAAGAUGCAUUUGAAAGUAAUGUGUUUCCCAGACUGUGAUUAUUUUACAUGUAUGCUAAACAUUCCAUAUGUAUGAUGUACUCUCAUCUAUUAAUUCUUGCAAUAAGAGUUUACUGUAUGGAAACAGCUGUUAAAUCCAAACAUUAAACCCUUCUAUCUUAUUUA